GACGCGACGUGCGGCGGGGCUUUCAGCCUUGUUACUCAAAACGAAUAAGCCCCUGUCCCUUCGUCUGUGCAUCAGCAAUAGUAGCAGCCGUCUUGCGCUGACCAGGCACGUGAGGAUAGAAGCUGUCACCGCCGUUGCAGGGGACACACCUCCCGGCUGACCAAUCACAAUGGGCCAGUGUUGCGGAAAAGAGGCGCCACGCGGCGGCCAGAUGUCUUCUGGCAACCACUCGAUCCAGGAGACGAUUACUCGCAUCGAUGGGGGCGUGGUGACCACCACCACUACCAGGACUCAGCGCAUCGUGCAGGUCUCCGAGACAUCGUCGGGUUAUCCCGGCGACAUUUUCGAGACGGGUCAUGUGAAAAGGACCGUGGUGACGCGCACGAUCAAGCAGAACGCAGACGGCACUGAGGAGGUGAUCGAGGACAUUGUCUCCGACGACGGUGGCCUUCAAGUUCAUGAAAAGCCUAAGAAAGGCAUCUUCGGUUUUCUGAGCGGCAAGAAGGACAAGAACAGGACAACAGUCGAGGAGUCGCUAAAAGAUCGACAGGUACUGAUCAAGCCCAUCGGCGAACGGAAGGCUCCAGCCAAGCCCCUCAGCGAUAAGGAAUUCCGUCAAGACUGCCUGAAGUGGCACAAUCAUUACAGGGCCAUCCAUGGUGUCUCGCUGCUCAAACACAGCGAUGAGCUUUGCCGGUACGCACAAGAAUGGGCUGAUACAUUAGCCAAGAAAGACACGUUUUGCCACCGACCAAACAACAAGUAUGGCGAGAACAUUUACAUGGCCUGGUCAUCAGACCCCACAAAGGAAGUGACAGGGCAAGAAGCUGUUGAUUCGUGGUACAGUGAGAUCAAGAAACACCAGUUUGGCUGCGAGCCACGCAGCCUUGGUUCUGGUCAUUUCACGCAAGUCAUCUGGAAGGGCAGCAAUGAACUGGGCUCGGCCCGGGCCCGUACGGCUACUGGAAAGCUGAUUGUUGUGGCUAACUACAACCCUGCAGGGAAUUUCAUAGGCUCCUUUGCCCAGAAUGUGCCACCACCCAAGAAGUGAAGUGAGCGCGGCACCAUUUUGAAUGAAACUUGGGAUGUGGUAGCUUUGUGAAAAUUGUGUGUUUGUAUGUAUAUAUGUACACACACACAAGCUUUUUAAUGUCGAAGUUGGCUAUUGGAAAGCCUUUGCAUUUUCUAGUUUAGAAGAUUAUUUUACCAAAAAAUGCCUCUUGCACAGUAUUACCUUUGUAAUUAGGAAGAACCUUGGCAUCAAGGCAUUGUUGGCAUUGAGCACAACUGCUCAUGACUACUGCGACUAUAUUCAACGUUUUGGUCCAAGUAUGAAAAGAAAGUGUGUAAGUGCUAAAGAUGAUUAUGCAAACAUCCAUUUAUAACACUGUGUGACGAUGUAGCUAGGGCUGCUGAAGCAGCAAAAGAUAUGUCUUUAGGGCACCAAGAUUUGACUGUAGUUGGUCCAAGCUAUUUUGAAAGUCAUUUAAAUGAAGGGAGCCAUCUGUGCCCCGUCUGUGGCAGCAAACGUGAGUAGGCACCGAUAUGUUGUAAAGUUACAGUAACUCAGGCAUUUAUCUUUAGCCACAGGUUUCUAAACUAGGUACUAUUUCUGGAGCACAAAUGUGUAUUAUUUUGUGAAAUGUAUCUCUCAGCUGUUCUAUCUAAUGAGAGCUUUUAAGAGUGUAAGAAACAGCAAACACCUUGCACAGAAAAAUGCAGAGAGGUGUGUAUAAGAUAUUUUUACUGCCUCAUUUUAUUCCAUUACCUAUAUACACAAGGCCAGAAGUCAAUGAGAUGUUAUUACAUUAUAAUGCUCGAGGGCUUUUCUUCUUUUAGGUAUAAAUUAUGCACCAUGCUUCCAAAGCAUUAUGGCUUCCUUUUAAAUGUGUCAAGCUAUUUCAAUAUUCUGUGCUUUUUCCGAGACUAAAUACGUUUGUGCCAAAUAUAGCAUUUUAGGAAUUUAAAUACUGGCAUUGAAUACAAGUGAGCAAGGUAUUGUGAAGAGUAUUACAGCAUAUUCUAACAUACCCCAUUCAAAUUCUAGAAAACAUCAUUGCCAGUGACUAAAGGCAUGCCAAGAGUUUUUUCUCGAACAUUCCUAUAUGUGUUCGCAUCACUAUUUCAUGUGAAUAAUUAGCUACACGCCAGGAGUAAAAGAGGGGAAUUGAGUGAGCACGGUUCUUUCAGUAAUUUUAUCUCUAUUUAGGAAGAGUGCUAAAAACAGGAGAAUGCACUAUGUAAGUAUUUUAGGAAAUACACAAUGUAGCUGGUAGAAAUUUAAGUUUCAGUAAUGCCACAAAAAAUUUCACCACCUAUCCUUUCUGGUAAUGCAUUUCCCAACAUAUAUUCUAUUGUCUAACAAAGAAGGCUCCCAAAACGAUUCCUAUGUUGAACACAAUUUGGCAAAAUGGCUUACUUAUUCAUAUUUGUUUGUAUUAUGUGGCUUGCAUCGUGGGGUGUGAAUUUCAGCAUAUACAAACACAUCCCUUCAAGUUGCUGCCUAAUGCUCACAUGUCAUGUGGAACUAACUUAGUUACACCUAUUUUAUCCUCCCAGCAUGUUUGACAAAACUUGUGCUUAGGGAGUCUUGUGAAAGCCACAAAAUUGACAAAAUGCCCUCUAUGCUUGAGGUGACGUCACUGGUUCCUGCUAAGAAGUUAUUGGUGGAUUAGUUGGUUGAUCAUAAUCACUUGAACGGCAGCACAUUUGUGGAGACAUGGACGAAUACUACUAAUUAACAUAAAGGCACUGAUAUGUAUCGCUAUUGUUAUACUUUCAUGCCAAUUACAGGGCUCAAAUUAAAAAGCUCUGCAAAGCUGUUCUUGUAGUUUAAGCUAACCACUGCUGAGGUAUUGCAGGUCAUUUAAAAUAUGUUAUGCAAAAGAGACUAGAUAUUUGUGUGCCAGCUGUUGCAUAACCACAUGGUGAUUAUUGUAUAUUCCUGACUAAAUUGAUUGAAAGUAUAUCUUGUUUGCAUAUAGCAGCAUCCACUAUGCCCAAAUGUACAAUGAUUAUUGCUUGCAUUUGUGCAUUGGGUCCAAGACCAAAGAGUGAUGUAUUAUUUUUUCUAUGUGUAUUGAACAAUAAAGUUGUUUUGUUACAUA